CGUCGGCAGCGCGAGGCUUCGCGCGUGAGCCGCGCGGGCGCUGGGCCUGGCUCCCGAGCUUUCCCGGCCGGCGGCGGGCAGGUGGUCGACGCCGGCUCCCGGAGGAGCGCGGGGCGGAGGGAGCUGUCGGUGUCAGCGGCGUGGUCGACGGCGGCCCCGGCCAUGGACGAGACGCAGCCGCUUCCGCAGACCGAGCUGCCGCUGUGCGACAGCCUCAUCAUCUGGCUGCAGACAUUCAAUACAGCUGCACCCUGUCAAGAUGUCAAACAGCUGACUAAUGGAGUUGCCAUGGCACAAGUUCUUCAUCAAAUUGAUGUAGCUUGGUUCAAUGAAUCUUGGUUAAGCCGAAUUAAAGAGGAUAUUGGUGACAACUGGAGAAUAAAGGCUAGUAAUUUAAAGAAGGUACUUCAAGGAAUUAUGAGUUAUUACAAUGAGUUUUUGGGGCAACAAAUUUCUGAAGAACUUAUCCCUGAUUUAAACCAAAUAACUGAGAGUUCAGAUUCUGUGGAGCUUGGGAGGUUGCUCCAGCUUAUUUUAGGUUGUGCAGUCAAUUGUGAAAAGAAGCAAGAACAUAUUCAAAAUAUAAUGACACUAGAAGAAUCUGUUCAACAUGUGGUUAUGACUGCUAUUCAAGAGUUGAUGAGUAAAGAAAUAUUGAACUCUCCUACAAAUGAUACUGUUGGAGAAUUAGAACAACAGCUUAAAAGGGCCUUGGAAGAACUUCAAGAAGCACUAGCAGAAAAAGAAGAACUGAGGCAAAGAUGCCAAGAACUGGAUAUGCAGGUGACUGCACUUCAAGAUGAAAAGAAUUCAUUAGUUUCUGAGAAUGAGAUGAUGAACGAAAAACUUGACCAGUUGGAUGGAUCUUUUGAUGAUCCAAAUACAAUGGUUGCAAAAAAGUAUUUUCAUGCGCAGUUACAACUAGAACAAUUACAGGAAGAAAACUUCAGGCUUGAAGCUGCAAAAGAUGAUUACCGUGUUCACUGCGAAGAACUUGAAAAGCAACUAAUUGAAUUUCAGCAUAGGAAUGAUGAACUGACUAGUCUUGCUGAAGAAACAAGAGCCCUGAAAGAUGAAAUAGACGUUCUUAGGGCUACCUCUGAUAAAGCAAAUAAACUAGAGUCAACAGUUGAAAUAUAUCGUCAGAAGCUACAAGAUCUGAAUGACCUUCGCAAGCAAGUGAAAACUUUACAAGAAACAAACAUGAUGUAUAUGCAUAAUACAGUCAGCUUAGAAGAAGAAUUAAAGAAGGCAAAUGCAGCCCGUACGCAGUUAGAAACAUACAAGAGGCAGGUUCAAGAUCUUCACAAUAAACUUUCCUCUGAAUCCAAAAGGGCAGAUACACUAGCGUUUGAAAUGAAGCGGCUUGAAGAAAAACAUGAAGCUUUACUUAAGGAAAAAGAGAGGCUAAUAGAACAGCGUGAUACUCUGAAAGAAACAAAUGAAGAGCUUCGGUGUUCACAAGUACAACAAGAUCACCUAAACCAAACAGAUGCAUCUGCUACAAAAAGUUAUGAGAAUCUUGCUGCUGAGAUUAUGCCAGUGGAAUAUAGGGAAGUAUUUAUUCGACUUCAACAUGAAAAUAAGAUGCUCCGCUUACAACAAGAAGGCACUGAGAAUGAGCGUAUUGAGGAACUUCAAGAGCAGCUAGAACAGAAGCACCGCAAGAUGAAUGAAUUAGAAACUGAACAAAGGCUAAGCAAAGAGCGCAUCCGAGAAUUGCAGCAGCAGAUUGAGGACCUCCAGAAAUCUUUACAGGAACAAGGCUCCAAGUCUGAAGGAGAAAGUUCCAGCAAACUAAAGCAGAAGUUGGAAGCUCAUAUGGAAAAACUAACUGAGGUCCAAGAAGAAUUACAGAAGAAACAAGAACUCAUUGAAGAUCUUCAGCCAGAUGUAAACCAGAAUGCACAAAAGAUCAGUGAACUUGAAGCUGCUCUUCAGAAGAAAGAUGAAGAUAUGAAAGCAAUGGAGGAAAGAUAUAAAAUGUACUUGGAAAAAGCAAGAAAUGUAAUAAAAACUUUAGAUCCCAAAUUAAAUCCAGCAUCAGCUGAAAUAAUGCUACUUAGAAAGCAGUUGGCAGAGAAAGAUAGAAGAAUUGAGAUCCUGGAGAGUGAAUGUAAAGUAGCAAAAUUCCGUGAUUACGAAGAAAAACUCAUUGUUUCUGCCUGGUACAAUAAGAGUCUAGCAUUCCAGAAACUGGGGAUGGAAUCUAGACUUGUGAGCGGCAGUGGUGCAUGCAAAGACACUGGUGCCUGUACUCCUGCACGGUCUUUCUUAGCACAGCAACGGCAUAUCACCAACACCAGAAGAAAUCUCUCUGUUAAAGUUCCUGCUAUAACACCUGAUUAAACUAUAAAAGAAAACAUAAACAGAAGUGCCCUUAAAAUAUUUUGUAUCCUUCAGUUAACUGCCAGAUUGAAAAAGAAAUUUAUGAUGGUGGAUAUCAGCUAUUUUAAAGUCAACAUGCAUAAAAUUAAUUUUGUCAGCUUACUUUGAAAACAAAUAUAGAAUUAGCUAUUUCUCUAAGAGAGCACAUUUGAGUAAUUGGAAGAUGUAAUUAGGCACACAUUUUAAACAUUUGUCUUCUGAGAGUAUUAUAAUUUCAAAUUGACUUUGUAUAUUUUAGUUUAAUGUUGUCAGUUAUACUAGUAACUUAGUUUGCAAUGUGUUAUCAGUAAUAAGUAAUUUAAAAAUAUAUCUAUAUUUGUUUUAUUAUUUUGGUCCAUAUAAAAAUAGUCUUGAAGUAGGUACAUGGAGAACUAUAUAAGAGUUAUAUUUUUUGACUUGAUAUAUAUAAGGAUUUACCUCUAUCCUCAAAUCUGUUAUGAGAUGGGCCUAUUUUAUCAUGUAAUGAAAGGUAAAACAUUUGGAAGAUUGGACUAUUGCAAUAACUUCUGCUGUAGUAAGUGACUAAUUGGAGAUUUUGCAGAUUCAGGAGAUUUCAUAGUUCUCCUGCAUACCUACUAUAAACAAGGGCUUCUGUAUAGUGUAGUUGAAAUGCUAAGGGUAUGGAAUUGAAUGGACUUUAUAAAAGGUGAUUUUUCUGGUGGGAAGCAGGGCAAAAAAUAUAAUUUGUGUGAAACAUCCACACCAGUUUUAAUAUGAUUAUAGUUAUUGCUUUUAAGCAUAAAAUUAUCAAGGUUUUUGCUAAAAAACAUGCUAUAAUAGUUUUCCCCUACACUGCAAGGAGAUGGUGCAGUAAGGGAAACAGUCGGGGAUCAGUUUGAUUUUGUUUACGAAUUAAGGAACCUGUCCAAGACUCUAUUCAUGGUAUUCAGUUUACUUCUGUCCAAAGCUCUUCUUUUAUUUAUUUUCUAAUUUUUUGGGUAAUUUUUAAGAGUCACACUUUAGAACUUUGAGUUAAAUCUGUGCUGUCCAGUAUUGUAGUCAAGCCAGGUAUGGUAAUUUCAAUAAAAUUAAUUCAGAUUGAAAGUUCCUUGGUCACAUCAGCCACAUUUCAGAUGCUCAACAGCCACGUGGCUGCUGGCUACCAUAUUGGAAAAUGCAGAUAUAAAAGAUGUCCAUCAUUGCAAAAAGUUCUAUUGGACAGUGCUGUACUAAACCUUUUUAUGGUAACUGGGAAAUACUCUUUGAUGUUUGACCACAAAAAUAAAAAGAAGAAAAAUUUUAGGACCGUUUCAGAUAUGAAAAGGAAUUAAGUUAUGACAUAACUAGCAUUCUGUAUUCCUUGGAGUUGAAUACCUUAUGUUGUGAUGUUCAUUGUUAAUCUUUCCAGUGCUGUUCAACAACUGCACACCUAUCAGCAUAUGUCUGACCCCGGGGUCAGCAAACUUUCUGUAAAGAGACAGGCGAUGGAUAUGUUAGUUAAUAUCAUAGGCUUUUUGAGCCAUAUGAUCUGUCCCAACUACUGGACUCUGCUAUAAGUGUGAAAGCAGCAACCAUAAACAAUAUUUGUAUAAGCAAAAUGGACAUUGUUGUAUUUCAAUAAAAUUUUAUUUACAAAAACUGGCAGUAGGACAGAUUUGGCCUGUGGGCUGUGUCUAGAUUUUAUUUUCAGCCUUUCUUUGCAUAUAUGAGUAUUGUUCCAUUUACAGUAUUAUUCAUUUAUAUACUUGGUUUUUAGAUUCUUUACCAGUAAAUUUUUUACUAAUCACUGACAAUACAAGAAUUUCAUAUUGCAUUUAAGUCUCUUAAGAUUGGGGAGCAGCUAUCAGGAUAUGUUGUUUUAUCAGGGUUACUUCUGUUGACUACCUCUUAGAUUUUGAUGUUUUUUAUUGGUGCAAUUAUAAUGUUGGUUUGCGUUUUUGUAUAUUCUUACAGUCUGCUUGCCUGCAACUUAUAGUGAAAUGAAAUAGCCCUUUGAAAAUAUUUUAGCAUGCUAAUUAAAAUUUUCCAAAUAUUAUGGCAUUUUGGUAUAUUUUGGUCAAUAUAAGACAUCUCCUCCUUUGGUGUUUACUACUUACUUAUAAUUGAGAUUUUACAAGCUCUUCAAGCUCCCUUUUCUUGAAACUUAUUGUAAGACAUCAAUUUCAAUAAAUUAGUAUUUUCACAGUCGUUCAUAAAUUUUAGUUACUAUAUUUGGAAUUUCUAAGCAAUUCAUGCAAUUUCUGAAUAAGGACAGAAGGCUAGUUGUUUUUUUUUUAAUAGAGAAGAAACAAAUUUUGUGAUUUAUCACUUUUCUAGUUGAUAAGUAGUAUUUAAAAUGCUUGAUAUAGAAGUAUUUAUACAAGACUAAUGUAAAGUUCUGUAUUAUUGUGAUUAACUAUACGGAAAUUCAGGAACUGAUCAGAAGUGAGAUUCUUUUCCACAUCUGGUUAAUGUAGUGAGAUUGACACCCUGUGGGUGGUAUAGCAUUAUAAAUAUUCAUCACGAACCAUGACUUCUACAUGUCUGUUUUGUGAGGUUUGAGUGUAUAUGCCAGGGAAGGGAAAUCCAGCAUUUAUCUGUUUGAUAAGGAAUUGAAUGUCCCAGUGAUUAAAGAGUAAAGCCACAGACCAAUUUGGAAAUGAUCUUUAAUUCUGAGCAUUUGCUCUAAGGUUAAUACACUCCUUUCUCUUUUUAAAAUAAAAAGUGUGUAUACAUAUGACAAUGAUCAUUUAAUGUAUUGAGAAAUAUUUGAAGUUCAUUCUAUUUUUUCAAUGAAUAAGGCUGCUAAACUAAUGAUUUAGUAUAGAUUAAGAAUUAAUGUCUUAUCUAGAAACAUUAAACUGAGUAUCCUUCAUUAAGAUGUCACCACCUCUGAUAGCUAGAUUGCUAAUUUGAAUGUUAGAUAAUGUUUCUACAUCUACACCUCUUUCCGUAUAGCUGGACAUCUGGCUCUGUGGGGUGGCUUUUAGGCCACAGUACUGCAUUAGGUUCUCUAUAUGCAUAUUUAAUGAGAAGCAUUCCUAUGUAAAAAUGUGUGUGUAUGGUUGUAUGCAUACAUUCCUAUUGUGAACCUGUACAUGGCAAAGAAGUAGUUUGGAAACUUGUAAAGCACAACCAUUAAAGAAAAUAGUGUUCAGUUAUUAAACUUGAUGUAGCUUAAAUAUUUAGUUUAUAAGAGGUUCUUUCUAUUUUCUAUGGCAAAGACUUUGACACUUGAAAUAUAGAAGCAAUACUUGAUUUAUUUUUGUAAGUAUUUAGGAUAUUAUUUUAAAUAAAUGAUUGUCUAAUAAUAUAUUAGUUGUGAAAGGUUUUAAAUAAACUUUCUGAUUUCUGUGUCUGA